GUCACGUGAAAACUAUGAAUAGCCAAUCAUACCCUGUGAGACGUGACGUCGACGUAACCAACGCAGCGUUUCCAAGAUGGGGCUUGAAAGUACUAUGGUCUGUGUUGACAACAGUGAGUACAUGCGAAAUGGAGACUUCCUACCCACUAGACUACAGGCCCAACAGGAUGCUGUCAACAUUGUAUGCCACUCCAAGACCCGCAGCAAUCCGGAGAAUACCGUGGGCCUCAUCACACUUGCUAAUAACUGUGAAGUGUUGACUACACUGACUGCUGAUGCGGGAAGGAUUCUGUCCAAACUGCAUGCUGUCCAGCUACGUGGCACCAUUAAUUUCACUACUGGUAUCAGAGUGGCCCAACUGGCUCUGAAACACAGACAGGGUAAAAACCACAAGAUGAGGAUCAUCGCCUUUGUAGGCAGCCCAGUGGAGGACACAGAGAAAGAUCUGGUGAAGAUGGCCAAGCGUCUGAAAAAGGAAAAAGUCAGUGUGGACAUCAUAAACUUUGGAGAAGAGGAGCUGAAUACAGAGAAGCUGACCGCCUUUGUAAACACACUGAAUGGUAAAGAGGGGACUGGGUCUCACCUGGUGACUGUGCCCCCGGGGCCUAGCCUGGCAGAUGCUCUGCUUUCCUCCCCUAUCCUAGCUGGCGAGGGUGGUACCAUGAUGGGACUGGGUGCCAGCGACUUUGAGUUUGGAGUGGACCCAAGUGCUGACCCGGAACUGGCACUGGCUUUGAGGGUGUCUAUGGAAGAACAGAGACAGCGUCAGGAGGAAGAGACUCGCAGAGCAGCAGUGGUCUCUACUGGGGAGACAGGCGUGUCCUCCCCUACUGCAGACGAGUCGGACAGCGCCCUGCUGAAGAUGUCUGUGCCCGUCCCAGACGCUGCCACCCCUGCCCUGCCUGACUUCAGCCGGAUGACUGAGGACGAACAGAUCGCCUACGCCCUGCAGAUGUCCAUGGCGGGAGGAGAGUUUGGUGGUGCAGAGGCCAUGGAUGUGGAUGCAGGAGCUGCCAUGGACACCACUGAAGGAGCUAAGGACGAGGAGGACUAUGACGUGAUGCAGGAUCCAGAGUUCUUGCAGAGUGUGCUCGAGAACCUUCCAGGUGUCGACCCCAACAACGAGGCCAUCCGCAACGCCAUGGGCUCCUUGGCCUCCCAAACGGGACCCAAACCUGACAACAAAAAGGAGGAGAAGAAGAAAUAGGCUCUCAGGAAACUGAUGAUGUCUGAAAGACACAACGUGGGUUGGCAGUGAACGAAUUCUAGUGGCGUGUGUGUGUGUGUGUGUGAGAGAAUGUGUGUGUGAGAAAGAGAGUGUGUGUGUGUGAGAGAGAGAGCAAGUGUGUGUGUCUGUGUGAGAGAGUGUGUGAGUGUAUGAGAAGUCAUUUGGGGUCUUUCCAGGCAUCCUACAGGUCUUUGUAUCUCCACACAAAUAUCUAAUUUUCUGUCUGCUAAAACCUUGGUUGUAUACUGUGUGCUGUUAUAGAUUAAAAAGUCAGAUAUCUGUUGAAUGCGUGAGAUGUUUCACCAGGGCAGCAUUAAUUGUAUUACUUUCCAGGGUGGAAUAUAUCCAAUGUAUCCAAUGGAAUGUAUCCAGUAACUGAGUAUGACCUUGAAAGCUUCCUCUGGAAUGGAGUGGCCUCCCCUUUUCACAUCAAACCAACUAGCACUGUAUGCCACGGCCACUUCAGUAGACCUAGUGAACAAACAAAUCGAUCAGGCCAUCUCUGUUUAUGAGUUUGACAGUUUUCUUAGUGCAAAUUUGUGGUGAAAUUCCAGUUGAACUGAACAACAUGGCACUGAUGUGGCUCUGAAUCCUGACAGUUUGCUGGAAUACUGUCUGUCUGUCUUUCUCUCUCAAAUGGCCAAUGCGUACUGGUCACGGUCCAUCUUGUGUGUAUGAGUCUUGGGUAAUGCAUGGUUUAUAAAGUUUUGUAGGAGAGCAGUGGAUAUUGUGAGCUUCGGAACCCUGAAUAAAUUUAAAUAAGAA